CUCGUCGUGAUUAAGGACACUGCGUGAAGGAUAGUGAAAGAAACAGGGUUAUUCAAACACGGUUUUCUGUGGACCUGGCCAUAAGUGAGUCGUUAACUUUGAGUUCGACUGGUUGGUUUGUGUAGACAAUUGGAUUAAUAUGGCAGUGAUCUAUUGAUUUUAACAAAUUUACUGAAACGCCGAAAUACAUUGGAUUGAAAUGUCGACAAAGUUUAUUGUGCACUUGACAAUAUUUUUGUGUUUCGGACAAUAUUACGUCGCUGCCUUUGACCCGUCCACGUGCAUACAGUGUCGACAGUCUCACAUGUGCAACCCGCCGGACUGCUUCUGUUGCCGAGACGAGAUGCCACUAGAGACUCACAACAUUCCGCAGAUGGUUUUCUUUUCCUUUGACGACGCCGUAAAUCCGCAAGUGGCCAGUUACUACAGAGAGCUUUUCGAUGCAAAGCGAAAGAAUCCAAACGGAUGUCCGAUCUCGAUGACUUUGUUCAUUUCGCAUCAAAAUACUGUGUACAGUAUUGUGAGGGAGUUUUAUGACAAAGGUAUGGAGAUAGCAUCUCACAGUGUUACUCACAGCCAUCCUAGCCCGGAGACGUUUGCUCGAGAGGCAAAAGCGCAGAAAGAAAACCUUGCGCAACAAGCUGGCAUUCCGAUAACGAAAAUCACCGGCUGGAGAAGUCCGUUUCUGGAACCAUUAGGCGACACACAGCCGUCUGUACUGAAAGAUUUGGGUUAUGAAUAUGAUGCUACUUUAACAAUCACGCCAAGAAAUGAAAAAGAUAAGCCAGUCACACCGUUUACUUUGGACUUUGGAUGGCCAUACGACUGCAAAAUAAAACCAUGUCCUGUGCGUGAACACAAAGGAUUCUGGGAAGUCCCCGUUGUCUCUGUGAAAGACUAUCUUAACAAGUACGAUUGUGUUUAUAUUGACGGAUGCAACAAUCCUCCGCCAUCCCAAAAUCUUGCCUUUAAGUUUUUGUGGGAUAAUUUUCAAAAGUACUAUACCACCAACAGAGCUCCCAUGGGCAUCAACAUGCAUGCCUCGUGGUUCUAUUACCCCGAUAGGAAAGCAGCCAUGGACAAAUUCAUUCAAAAACUCGUUCAGAUGGAUGACGUUUAUAUAGUUACGAUUAAACAAGUAAUAGAAUGGCUUAAACACCCGACCCCAUUACAUCUUAUUAAAGACUUUCAGCCAUGGACUUGCCAUGGUGAUAAUACAACGACAUCGCUAUCGGCGUUGGUGACGCCUGUCCAACAGAGUCAGCAGAUUUCGCAAGAAAGCUUCAACCAAAAACGACAAUUUCAAAGUGAGCUCACGGAUCAACAACGUCGUGUACAACCGACGUCACAGCCGACCAUGCCGCCAUCGAGAUCACCGACUCCGUAUCCAACACGGGAAACCUCCUGGUCUAUGCCGCAACCGCAGGUAGUGCCGCCAAUUCCUAUGCCUUUGCCUCAGCCGCCAUUGGUUCCCAAUUUACCAAUGGUCCGAUUCUGGUGGGGCCCGCCGAGCAUUCUUUCACCCAAGGAAAUUGAAAUGCAAAAACAUCUUCAGAUACAAAAAGCUAUUCAAGAACAGAAUCGUCAUGAUGCGCUAAAAGCAAGACAAAUUGAAGAAGAAAGAUUGAAAAGAAAAGAGCUUCAAAGACAGGCGGAUGAAAAAGCCAGACUGCUGGAGGAGCAAAAACAAUUUGAAAUUGCCAGAGAAAAAGAAAGAUUACGGCAGUUAGAUUUAGAAAGACAGAGACUGGAGGCAGAAACGCUAUUACAGAUAGAAAAUCAAAGGAAAGCUGAACAGCAAGCUAAGCUUUUAGAAGAAAAGCGCAUCCAAGAGCAACGCCAACAAGAUUUAGCAAAAGAGCAAGAACGUUUACGACAACAGGAAGCAGAGAGACAGAGUCAAUUAUUAGCAAAAGAACUGGAGACUAAACGACAACAGGAAGCGGAGAGACACAAGCAAGAAACUGAACGGCGUUUACAAAUACUGAAGCAAAAAGAAAUUGAAAGGCAGAUGCAACUUCAGCUCCAGAAAAAUCAAGAGCUUGAACAACAAAGAAUUGCGCUCGAAAGACACAAUCAGGAAGAAGCGAGGCAGAGAGAGAUACAGAGGCAACGCGAAAUGGAGCGACAGCAACAUCUGUUGCUUAUGCAAGAUAUUGAAAUGAAAAAGACACAACAAGCGUUAGUGCUAACUCCGGCCACUGAACAAUUUAUUCGUACUUCUGCACCUAUUAGCAAUAUGAUCACCCAACCGUCUCUACAAUCUACUGACUUUGGCAAAGGUAUUUCGGGAAAGUUGGAUAGCAUUCUACAACAUCAACAUGGCCGACGAGUUCAUCAACUUGAGCAACUAAGCCUCGACGAACUCAAGGCUUUGCAAAUGGAAUUGAGGAAUCGUUUGCUGCGACAUCGGAACAUGAGGCAGCAAAAUGAACAGACUGUUGAGCAAGUUGCUCUAACUGAUAAUAAUGGUCGUCAAUUGGAAAUACUGCUUCCAAACAAAGAUCAUCCUGCUCGAGGUAUACCAGAUAUUUAUAGAGGCCAAGAAGCGAAUUCCAAACUGAACUAUGAAAAACGUAUGGUUAUGCAAGAAUUUCACACGUCGGCUGGUGUAAAACGAACGCGAAUUAAUAAGAAUGAAAUUAAAUCCGAUAUAAGCAAAGAUAUCACAAAACCUGAGAGUGAGUUCAAGUCUCGCACUAUUGUGCCGCCAUCGCUUAUCUCAACAGCAGAAGACAUUUCCAAUUUCUCUGUGGAAACAGUGGCAGAAAUGCAGUCGGGCAGGUUUAGCGAUUUUAUUGAAUUACCAGCUACCUCUAAAUCAUUUGACGCGCCGUUGGAACAGACAGUGACAUCUUCAGCACACCAACCUAUGAUGGAAUCAUCGAUGACGUUAGCUUCAAAUACCAGCCCAAUAGCCAGUUCCACGUACCUCCCGAUGACAACACCUCUUCCAUCAACAACCGCAUCCACAAUGCCUCCUUCUACUACAACUACUUCUACUACGACAACAACUGCAGCAACAACAGUCGCCACUACUACAGUGGAUAGUACUGUGGUGACUUCAAGUACGACGACAACAAUGCAGACAAACACAACAACAGAUAUACCAAGUACGACAUCAGCGUCAUUGUCUUCUACAAUUACAGAUACGACGGUGGUAUCAACACCUUCUAUUACAACAACCCCAUAUCAAACGACAACAACCACGCCCACUAUUGAUCCACGAAUAGUUAUAAGUCAAACUUCUUACCAACCUCUACAAACAAUAACCACGUCUUAUGUAAAGCCCGUGUGGAAUAUGGAAGGUUUCGACGCGCUCCCUGCAUCAUUUCAACAGCUUAUGAACAGACAGCCAAACAACCAAAUUCACAGCUUCACGCAUAGUACCGAACAGCCGACGACUAAGCACGCAAGACCGCCAGCUAUACAUACAUUUUUUAACCUUUAUGAUUUCAACAAAGUCGAACAAGUCGCUGAACGAAAAUCGACACACCAAAUUUUAGACAGCGGAUCUAGUAUUAUAAAUACAGAACAGACCGUUACGACACAAGCACCGAUUUCGCCGAGUGUGAUGAAUGCUUUGAACUCGGAUUUUCGUUUUGGAGGAAGAGUACAGCAACAAAUUUUAUUCCAGACUCCUUCUGCAAUGCCUGCGCGGUAUUCGUCCCAAAUACAAUUUGAUGGUGAUGUUUUAUUUUCAACAAAAUCUCCAACACAAGCCAACACAAAACGCACAUCAUUAACUGAAACGGAGUCUGCGCAAAUAACAAAAAACCCUUACUAUUUAGGAAGCAGCGAGAAGACAACAAAACAACUAUCAGUGUCGCGCCAGCCUUUGACACAAUCAAACACUCCCGUGAUGUCAACGAAUGAACAACUUCAGUCGGUUUGUAUUCAAGGAAUAAAUUGCAUCGCUCCAAACUGCGUUUGUAAAACUGAAUCUACACCGCAUGGCCUAAAAGUAAAAGACAUUCCACAAAUUAUCUACAUAACCCUGGAUGGAAGUCUUAAUUUCCAUUCGUAUUCCAAAAUGAAAUCUUUAUUCACGCAGAGUCGCGUAAAUCCCAACGGUUGUAAAAUCGGAGGAACUAUUUUUGUUUCGGACACUGGCAGCAGUUACCGCAUUGCCGACGUACUGCGUUCAGAUGGAAUCGAAAUGGCUUUGAUGGGUCUCGACCCGCGACCAGAAUCAAACGCUACCAAAAUUCGCCGCGAGAUAUUGAUUCAAAAAGAGCGAAUUAUGAGCAGUUCUGCAUUUCUGGAGAACGAUAUUCGCGGUUGGAAAAGUCCGUCGUAUAAACCCGCGGGAGAUGCCCAGUUUGAGAUUUUGUCAAACUUGAGCAUGUAUGACUCUUCGUUGGUUGCAGACAGAAGCGCAAGUGGUAAGGCUAAAUUAUGGCCGUUCACUUUAGACUUUGGCUGGGAAGAAAAGUGCGAAAUAGAAACGUGCCCCGAUGAGAAACAUCCGGGUGUUUGGGAGGUGCCAAUCAUACCAUUCCUUGGAAUAGACGAAGGUGCGAAAUGUGACGUUACAGAUGGUUGCCCAAGGCAACCUACCUCCGCGAAGGAAACGUAUGACUAUUUGAUGAACAAUUUUAAUCAAUAUUACAAAACCAAUAAGGCGCCAUUUGCCAUAAGACUCAAACAAAUAUGGUUUCAUUGGUUUUAUCGUGAGAACAUGGAUGGACUAUUAAAAUUUCUUGACACAGUAUUAAGCUACAAGGACGUGUAUGCUUCUACCAUUUCGGAUAUGCUUGAGUGGAUAAAAUCGCCGGUUCUUUUAAAUGAUAUAAACAGUUUUGCGCCAUGGCGAUGCUAAAUAGGUUGUGAUUUAAUCCAUGUAAUGGAAAUGUUGAACAUUUUAAUUUCUUUACAAAGGCUUUCAAUCUACCAAACACUUUUCGUGAGCACUUCGUAUAAGUGAAUGCGAGCGCUGCUUUGUUAAUUUAAAAAAAAAGUAAAUGAUUUACAACCACGUGCAUGACAAACAUAUGUAUACUUGCAUGGACAGGGACAGUCGAGGACACAAAAUGACUUCUAUUAUAACAAAUAUAUAUUUCCGCAAUAAAGACAACCGUUUGACAAUCA